AUAAAAAAUUGCGUACGUGCUGUGUCAUAGGAAUAUGGGAUGUUUAUAAUUUUAUUACAUAAUGAUAAUGGUUAAACAAAAUACAGAUAAACGAUUAGUUAACACAUAGUGAUAGCGUAUACCGGCCGCUAUUUAUGAACAUGGUGUACUUAACUGAACAGCACUUCGGAAGUUUCAAUGAGGAGCCAGUGAAGAAAUUUAUAUGGCAAACCAUCAGCGGUUUAUCAGUAUCUGUCAUAUCAUAUGGAGCUAUUGUACAAUCUAUAAAGGUACCAGAUAAAAAUGGUGAAAUAAAAGACGUAGUAUUAGGAUUUGAUACGUUUGAAGACUACGUGACCAAGAAUGCUCGAUUUUUCGGCUCCACCAUCGGCAGGUGCGCUAACAGAAUUCGAGGAGGUACCUUCCAAUUGGAUGGAGUGACUUAUCAAUUGGCUAAGAAUAAUGGAGAGAAUCAUUUGCAUGGCGGGAUUAUUGGAUUCAAUAAGGUGAACUGGCAAUCUGUUGUAGAUGGGACUAAGGUUAUCUUCAGCUAUUUAUCGAAAGAUGGAGAGGAGGGAUAUCCUGGAGAAUUGUUAGUGAACGUGACAUACGAAGUAAAGGAAGAUGACAGCUUAUCUAUCGACUUCAAGGCCACUUCAGACAGGAAGACUAUUGUGAAUAUGACCAACCAUUCCUACUUCAAUCUGGCUGGUCACGAAUCCGGCGCCCAGGGCUUAUUUGACCACGUGAUUACGGUUAACGCUGAUAGAAUUACUGAAAGCAAUGCGGCAAAUAUACCAACCGGGCGUCUGCUCAAAGUAGGAGGAACUCCCUUUGAUUUACGAGUUCCAAUCCGACUUGGAGAUAUUAUCAACAAAUAUGAAAAACUUUUCGAUCAUAAUUUCUGUGUAUCUGAUAGUGGCAUGGAGGGCCUAAACUUCGUUUCAAAGGUAGUCCACCCAGAGUCAGGUAGAAGUCUGCAAGUAUUCAGCAACCAGCCUGGUGUACAGGUCUACACUGGCUACUUCUUACCAGGUCCAGGAGACCAGGCCAUUGUUGGCAAGCAGGGAGUCGAAUACCGACGGAACGCCGCUCUCUGCCUCGAGACACAAGUAUACCCUGAUGCUAUCAAUCAUCCCCAUUUCCCCUCAGUGAUAUUGAAGCCAGGGGAUGUGUAUGAUCACAGAGUUGUGUAUAAUUUUGGUGUUAUGAAGGAAUGAGUGGUACGUAAUAUGAAAUUCCGAUCUUUGUGUUUUUAAUGUGAUUUGGUGAAUAAAAAUA